UGUGGCCCCUGCGUGGUGACCUGUUGCUAUCCUUUAGGCCCGUCAGGAGACCUGGCCUUAGGGGAAGGGAGGAUCAGAGCGGCGCUUCUCAAGUGCGGUCUAGGGCACCGGGCAGGUCCUGUGGCAGCACUAUCAAUAGUUUCGUAACAGCGAGACGUCAUUUGCCUUUUUCACUCUCUGGAAUUUUCCAGAGGUGACCGGAUGUACGAUGAUGUCAUCGCUCUGAUGACUAAAGGAAUAUGUGCUUGUAUAUUAUUGCAUUUUCUAGAAUUUCUAAGGCUUUGUGCCUCCAGUAAGGGGCUGCUUACCCCUGGCAGAGGACUGACUCAAGGAUCUCAGAGCCCCAGAAAACAGGGAGUCUUCUACAUUCAUGAAGCAUGUUCACCUAUACAUGUGAAUAACGUUCGAGAUAAGUUGCGGGAGAUAGUAGGAGCAUCCACCAACUGGAGAGACCAUGUGAAAUUAAUGGAGGAAAGAAAGUUACUUCAAAGUUUUUUGGCUAAGUCACAGAAGGGACUGCCACCUAGGAAGAUGAAGGACAGUUAUAUUGAAGUUCUCCUGCCUUUGGGGACUGAACCUGAAUUACGAGAGAAAUACUUGACUGUUCAAAACACCGUAAGAUUUGGCAGGAUUCUUGAGGAUCUUGACAGCUUAGGAGUUCUUAUUUGCUACAUGCACAACAAAAUUCAUUCAGCUAAGAUGUCUCCUUUAUCAAUAGUUACGGCUCUGGUGGACAAGAUUGAUCUAUGUAAGAAGAGCUUAAGCCCAGAACAAGACAUUAAGUUCAGUGGCCAUGUUAGCUGGGUAGGAAAGACUUCCAUGGAAGUGAAGAUGCGAAUGUUCCAGUUGCAUGGUGAUGAAUUUUCCCCUGUUUUGGAUGCAACAUUUGUAAUGGUGGCUCACGAUUCUGAAAAUAAAGGGCCAGCAUUUGUAAAUCCACUCAUCCCUGAAGGCCCAGAGGAGGAGGAGCUGUUUAGACAAGGAGAACUGAAUAAGGGGAGAAGGAUUGCCUUCAGCUCCAUGUCGUUACUGAAAAUGGCUCCCAGUGCUGAGGAGAGGACCACCAUUCACGAGAUGUUUCUUAGCACGCUGGAUCCAAAGACUAUCAGUUUUCAGAGUCGAGUUUUGCCCCCUAAUGCUGUGUGGAUGGAGAAUUCAAAACUGAAGAGCUUAGAAGUUUGCCACCCUCAGGAGCGGAACAUUUUCAAUCGGAUCUUUGGUGGUUUCCUUAUGCGAAAGGCAUAUGAACUUGCAUGGGCUACUGCUUGUAGCUUUGGUGGUUCCCGACCUUUUGUGGUAGCAGUGGAUGAUAUCAUGUUUCAGAAACCUGUCGAGGUUGGCUCAUUGCUCUUUCUUUCUUCGCAGGUGUGCUUUACGCAGAACAAUUACAUUCAAGUCAGAGUGCACAGCGAAGUGGCCUCUCUUCAGAAUAGAGAGCACAUGACCACCAACGUCUUUCAUUUCACGUUCAUGUCGGAAAAAGAAGUGCCUUUGGUUUUCCCAAGAACAUAUGGAGAGUCCAUGUUGUAUUUAGAUGGGCAGCGGCAUUUCAACUCCAUGAGUGUCCCUGUGACCUUGAAAAAGGACUACGUUGUGGCGCCCUAGGCAAACCUCACUUGUUGGAAACCAGCAUUCCACCUGCCAUGACAUGGCGCCUGAUGAAGCCUGAGCAAGUGUAUUGCUUUUAGUGUUGCUUCUCACCCUCCAUGCAGAAGGAGAAUGUAUUUAACUUUUAGGAAGAUCAGAAAAGUGAACGAAAGAGUGGCUGGAUGGGCAGAAGGGAGAAAAAAGUUAUUAAACAAUAAAUACUUUAAAAACUCUUAA